CAUCAGGUCAGAAAGCAAUCCGCCAAUUUCGCUCGGGCGAUGGCUGCAGAUUUCAGUUAUGAUCGGGAGAGAGUGGCAUGGGCAGACAUCAAAAGUGGGAGGCACCAACUGUCUCGCCAAGAUGUGGUGAUUGUUGACCGCGCCAAGUAUGCCGGAAACAUUGGCUCCAUUCUGCGGCACAUGCCCAUCCUGGGCGGGGCGCAGGUGCUUUUUCUGGCGAACAGCGGACACCGGCCAGACUCGCCAUAUCCCAUCUAUCCCCGAAGCUUCGUGAAGGAGGUGAUGCGCGUGUCAAUGGCACGGAACUACAAGGACUUUAAAAGCAAACUCUGCAUCUUGGAAGGCGGAGAUGGAAAGGAGGAGCUGCUUGAACUGGCGCAGAUCCUGAAGCGCAAUGGCUUUUGCCUGGUGGCGCUGGAGAAUCGGGAGGUCUUUGAGGACAAAGCGCAAAUGGCGUCACUCUCGUACCACUCCAUCUACGCGGGGGCAAUGCCCGACGCUCCAGCAGCUUUUGUUUUUGGCGGGGAAGUACAGAUGAAGGGCCUGGUGAGGGCUAUGAGAACACGGCCAACACCAGGACUCAUUCCUGCAACGUCAGCGUAGCCGCUUGCAUUGUGCUCAGCGAGCGCUUUCGACGCCAACUUGAAAGCCAAGAUGUUGCA